AGUACUCUUGGACAGAGUGAGCAGUACUACUCUUUAUACACCGCCUGUGUCUGAAAAAGAAAUGCAAUGGCGACCCUAAUGUAUCACAUGUUGUCAUCAUCUUCACUGUUAUCUCUAGGACUUUAUCAUCUCAUCUGCACCACCAGAAACCGCCUUAAAUCGACCGUCGGCGGCGACUACACCGCCAAACCCUACCACCCUCUUUCCUUCACAUCUCAACCACAUCUCCGCCGUCUACCUCUUUACAUCCUCCUUAUAUGCCUAUUGAUUUCCUUAAUCCACCAAUCACUCGUAUCUUUCGAUGCUGAUCCUCUCUUAAAAGGCCAUACACCUGUCCACAAGUUCACUUCUCUACAAUCAGCUGCUGUUGUUUUCGCGUUUCUUAUACUUGUUUUGUUCAUUGUUGUCUCGGAGUCGAGUAAUAUUCUUCCCGUACAGUCUGAUCUGUUUUUUGCGAUUGCUGGUGCGCUUUUUUGGCUUCAGUAUUCGGUUUCGGAAUCGAGUGCUUCUGUUCAGACUUCCGAUCUGCAAGCGAAAUGUGAUUCGGUUUCUGCGAGAAUUUCUGCCAUCUCUGCGUUGCUUUGCGUUGUGAUCGCUUUUCAACCUAGGGUUUUCCUUACCGAUGUUGCGCUCGCUGGUUCUAUUUGUUUACAGGGACUAUGGGUUCUACAAACUGGACUUUCGCUUUACGUUGACGCAUUUAUACCUGAUGGUUGUCAUAAGUUGUUGGAUGUUGUUACUGGUGUAGAAGGUUCAACUAAGUGUGAUUUGGAGGACUCUAAGCUUAGGGCUGUUGCUAUACUCGAUUUGGCUUUUGUAGUUCAUGUGAUGUUUGUGUUGCUCAUCGUUGUUGUUACUUAUGCUGCCGUUGCUAAAACUGUUGGCAUUAGGAGAUUUGGCUCUUAUGAGGCUUUGCCAAAUACAGACUCAAAUAUUAUACAGAUGAAGGCUAUGACUGGAACUCAGGCUUGAUUUAUUCAUGCAUUAGCUUACAGGGAGGAGUGGCAUACCAGUUAGAGUUCAGGCUGAUGGGAGUAGAAGCAGCUUCUUUUGUACUGGCCCAAUACUUUUGAGUUAGAUUGUAUUUUAUUUGGACAAAAUGUUGUAUGAAAUGUCAAAGGCAGUGUAAUUCAGUAGGAGGAGGAAGUUUUGACUCCUGCCUUUUAAUCCUAUAUAUGCUAAACUUUCAAUCUUGUGUCGAA